AUGCAUCUAUUAUUUCUUUCUCUCUUUUUCGCUACCGUUUUAAAGGUUAGCGCAAGUGGAGAUUGGUGCUAUCAGUCACAGGUUUCGUGUAACAACACUUGCCUAGGACCAGAGAAAUGGCAUCUGGAGGCGAACGCUGCAUCUUGCAUGGGAAAAUCCCAGUCUCCGGUCAACAUUGUCACGAGGAAGACGGUACCGGACGAACGCCUCACGCCUUUCGAAUUUACAGCCUAUCAACAGGCUUUUAACGGUCUCAUAAAGAAUAACGGCCACACAGUUCAAGUAGAUCUGCAGCACACUGCCACAAUAAGCGGGGGACUCUUACCAAGCACAUACAAGGCACUGCAACUUCACCUGCACUGGGGAAAGGACGGAGGUCCAGGCUCCGAACACACUAUCGAUGGAGAGCAGUACCCAAUGGAGAUGCAUAUUGUUCACAUUAAAGAAAAAUACAAUUCCUUGGCUGAGGCACUUGGAGAUACCACGGGAGUCGCAGUCCUUGGGUUUUUUUAUGAGAUGUCAGCGAGUGCCAACAAAAAAUAUGACCCCAUUAUAACAGCCCUGAAAAACAUCACACAGACAGGCUCCAACACUUCUCUCAGUGGUGUCUCUCUGGACAUGCUCAUCCCGGCAAAGGAGAACCUCACCCAGUAUUACCGCUACGAGGGCUCCCUGACCACACCUGGCUGCACUGAGGCUGUGGUCUGGACCAUGUUUGAAAACACCAUCCCACUCAGCAAGCAGCAGCUCUCCGAGUUCUCCAAACUGCAGUUUGGUGAUGGAGAGCCCAUGGUGGGCACGUUCCGCCCUGUGCAGCCCCUGAACACUCGGCUGGUGUACCGAUCAGGAAGCAGUGUGGUUUUGGCCAGCAUGGCGCUCCUCCUGGCCUCUGUCACAGCUGCCCUUGGACUGUGACACCGUGAGCUGCAGCAUGGGACGAAAAUCAUGUUUAAGGGCCAAUUUCCAAGACCCAAGUAG